UACCAUUCCCAGCACCCUUAACCAAACUCAGAUCCCAGGAUUAUUGGGAGGUGCUUUAAACGUAGGCUGUGUUGCUGCUCUCCAGUGUUCACACGUCAGCAAAACUCUGCAAAUGAAGGCCCCCUAUUCUGCGCAUUAAAUUCUUUCUAGGGGGUGACAUUAGAUUUGUGUUAUCUAAUCUCCCACCCCCUAGAAUUGUAGCAUUGGAACGGACCACGAGGGUCAUCGAGUCCAACCCCCUGCAAUUGAGGAUUCUUUUGUCCUGCGUGGGGCUGGAACCGAACACGAUCCUGAAAUUAAGAUGCUCAGCUUUCAUUUGCUUCAUCCCAUCAAUCUGUGUGGCAUAGAAUCCUGGUAGUGAGAUCUGCAAAUGUGAGCAGUUUAGGAUACGGAGCAGAUAGAACCAUUGAAUUGUAGAGUUUUACUGCCUUAGAUUCUCCCUGUGCUACAAAAUCUCUGCCUGCUCACUCUCCUCCAGAUCGUUGCCACCCCACACGGAAACUUGGGACUUAAAGUGUGGAUGGACAGCUCUCUUCGGAGGUGGGGCAGGGUGGGGCUGGCUAACGGAGGUACACGUUUAAUCAUCAUGGUCGGGGCAAAGGUACUCUGUGGGAUGUGAUUCCUGUUGCUCCCUGCCCCGUGGGGAGGGGAGCUGAGAUGAUAUAUCAACAGGUUGUUGCACUUUCACCGGCCUGAUCGCUCCAGCAUCCCACAGGAUGGGCAAGGAGACAGCCGGGCACCUCCUGACAUUGCUCCUGGUACUUGAGGGCAUUGCUGUAGGAUGCCAAACCAGAGGCGAAUCGUUCAGGGCAAAUCAGUUCCUUGGGGCUGAGCUACCACCAAAGCCUUUCACAGCAAAAUCCGCCCUCGCCAGCUGCGACUUUGAUGACACCAGCAGCCCAUUCUGUGACUGGACCCAGCCUAAGGAGGACAGCGGGGACUGGAUCCGAGGAGAGGGGAUGAAGCCCGGGGAGAGCCCUGGACCGCCAGGAGGGGUCCCUGAACGGAGAGGCCAUUACGUCUACCCAGAGGAAGGAGCAUCCGUGCUGUUGCAGAGCCCGGAUCUGGACCCGGCCGCGCCAGAGACCUGCGUCGAGUUCCUCUACUACCUGUACAGCCUAGACAGCAAGGGCCAGCUGGCGGUGAAAGUUCAAGAUCCUUCAGGGAACGUCUCCACCCUGUGGACACGGAGAGGGAUGGAGAGUUCAUCUUGGCUGCUGGGAUCCGUGACUGUCCAGAAUCCAUCGCAACGCCCCUUCAAGGUUGUUUUCGCUGCCACCCAGGUCAAGACUGCUGAAAUCACCAUCGCUCUGGACAGCAUCUCUGUCAGGACUGGGCCUUGUGCACCCUGCGUGACAGGGUGCGAUUUUGACGACGACGGCGACCUCUGCCAGUGGGAGAAUCCGGCCGACGGGGACGUCCAGUGGGAGCAAUGGGUCGGGGCCGGGGACCUGCCCGGAGUGGGGCCAGAGGACGACUUCUCGAGACCCGGCUUUGGCCUCUACAUGUUGCUCGAUUCUCUGGGUGGCAGCGGCACAGCCCUCCUGAAGAGCCCCCUCUACCAGUCCCUGGGAACCUGCCUCUCUCUCAGCUUCUACUAUACCUUGCACGGCGUCUCCAACGACACAGGGCUGAGGGUGUACGCAGCACAACCAGGGGGUGAGCUGGGGCCUGCCUUGCUGAUUCUCGCGGGCGAACAUGGACCCGACUGGAAACCGGGAAGAGCCGUCUACUCAGGGACAUCAGAGAGAAUCCAGUUCAUCAUCGAAGGCACCUACGCAGGGAAGCCUGGCGUCGCGGUGGACAGCGUGAGGAUCUCGCCCUGUGAAGAGACUUUCGCCGAGUGCAACUUCAACGACGCAGCGGACCCGUUCUGCGGCUGGCUGCAGCCCAGCGACAACGAGGCGAACUGGACGUGGACAAAGGGAUACACACCGACAGAAGAGACGGGGCCUCCAGGCGACUAUCCUGACGGCAAGGGCCACUACAUCUACGUGGAAGCUGGUUGCACAAAGCCAGGCCAGGCCACGCGUCUGUCCAGCCGGGCCUUCUGCACGGACACCGACGCCUGCGUGGAAUUCUACUACUACAUGUACGGCAUCGUGGAAGUCGACACGCAGCUCCGGGUUCUGGCGCACGGGCCGUGGGGACCCAGCACCCUCCUCUGGAGCCGGACCGGGAUCCAAAGCCCCGUCUGGCUCUUGGGGUCUGUGACGGUGCCCUACGGAGGACCCCAACCCAGCAAGGUCGUCUUCGAGGUGGUCCGGGGCAGCAACCCCUAUAUGGACGUGGCGCUGGACAACAUUUCCAUACGCAAGGGGGCCUGCGCAGACUCUGGGACCACAAUCCCCCCACCAACCUCCACAGCAGCCACAUCGACCACCACAGGCAGACCUGGACCCAUAACAACCUCCGGGACCAGACCCACAACCACCACUGGGGCCAGCCCCAUAACCACCACUGGGACCAGCCCCACAACCACCACUGGGGCCAGCCCCAUAACCACCACCAGUGGACCCAGCCCCACAACCACUAGUGGACCCAGCCCCACAACCACCACUGGGACCAGCCCCACAACCACCACUGGGGCCAUCCCCAUAACCACCACCAGUGGACCCAGCCCCACAACCACCAGUGGACCCAGCCCCACAACCACCAACGGGACCAGCCCCACAACCACCAGUGGGACCAGCCCCACAACCACCAAUGGGACCGGCCCCACAAGUACCACUGGGACCAGCCCCACAACCACCACCGGGACCAGCCCCACAACCACCAGUGGACCCAGCCCCACAACCACCAACGGGACCAGGCCCACAACCACCAGUGGACCUAGCCCCAUAACCACCACCGGGACCAGCCCCACAACCACCACCAGUGGACCCAGCCCCACAACCACCAGUGGACCCAGCCCCACAACCACCAACGGGACCAGCCCCACAACCACCAGUGGACCUAGCCCCAUAACCACCACCGGGACCAGCCCCACAACCACCACCAGUGGACCCAGCCCCACAACCACCACCGGGACCAGCCCCACAACCACCACCAGUGGGACCAGCCCCACAACCACCAACGGGACCAGCCCCACAACCACCAGUGGACCCAGCCCCACAACCACCAGUGGACCCAGCCCUACAACCACCACUGGGACCAGCCCCACAACCACCAACGGGACCGGCCCCACAACCACCAGUGGACCCAGCCCCACAACCACCAGUGGACUCAGCCCCACAACCACCACUGGGGCCAGCCCCAUAACCACCACCAGUGGACCAAGCCCCACAACCACCACUGGGACCAGCCCCACAACCACCACUGGGGCCAGCCCCAUAACCACCACCAGUGGACCCAGCCCCACAACCACCAGUGGACCCAGCCCCACAACCACUACUGGGACCAGCCCCACAACCACUACUGGGACCAGCCCCACAACUACCAAUGGGACCGGCCCCACAACUACCACUGGGACCAGCCCCACAACCACCACCGGGACCAGCCCCACAACUACCAACGGGACCAGCCCCACAACCACCAGUGGACCCAGCCCCACAACCACCACUGGGGCCAGCCCCAUAACCACCACCAGUGGACCCAGCCCCACAACCACUACUGGGACCAGCCCCACAACCACCACCAGUGGACCCAGCCCCACAACCACCAGUGGACCCAGCCCCACAACCACCACUGGGACCAGCCCCACAACUACCGGGACCGGCCCCACAACCACUACUGGGACCAGCCCCACAACCACUACUGGGACCAGCCCCACAACCACCAAUGGGACCGGCCCCACAACUACCACUGGGAGCAGCCCCACAACUACCAACGGGACCAGCCCCACAACCACCAGUGGACCCAGCCCCACAACCACCACCGGGGCCAGCCCCAUAACCACCACCAGUGGACCCAGCCCCAUAACCACCACCAGUGGACCCAGCCCCACAACCACCAACGGGACCAGCCCCACAACCACUACUGGGACCAGCCCCACAACCACCACCGGGGCCAGCCCCAUAACCACCACCAGUGGACCCAGCCCCAUAACCACCACCAGCGGACCCAGCCCCACAACCACCAGUGGACCCAGCCCCACAACCACCACUGGGGCCAGCCCCAUAACCACCACCAGUGGACCAAGCCCCACAACCACCACUGGGGCCUUCCCCACAACCACCACCAGUGGACCCAGCCCCACAACCACCAAUGGGACCAGCCCCACAACCACCAGUGGGACCAGCCCCACAACCACUACUGGGACCAGCCCCACAACCACCACCAGUGGACCCAGCCCCACAACCACCACUGGGGCCAGCCCCACAACCACCAGUGGGACCAGCCCCACAACCACUACUGGGACCAGCCCCACAACCACCACCAGUGGACCCAGCCCCACAACCACUACUGGGACCAGCCCCACAACCACCACCAGUGGACCCAGCCCCACAACCACCAAUGGACCCAGCCCCACAACCACCAGUGGGACCAGCCCCACAACCACUACUGGGACCAGCCCCAUAACCACCACCAGUGGACCCAGCCCCACCACCACCACCGGGGCCAGCCCCAUAACCACCACCAGCGGACCCAGCCCCACAACCACCACCGGGGCCAGCCCCAUAACCACCCCGGAAACGUGGACCUCCACCCCUUCGGUCUCCACUACUACAACAACCACGGCGAAACCCCCUGUGCCGCCUGCAGAUCAGGAGACCUGCACCAUCUCGGGAGACCCCCACUACGCCACCUACGACGGCCGCCGCUUCGACUUCAUGGGCACCUGCACCUACCUCCUUUCCGCCCCCUGCAACGCCACCUCGGGGCUGCCCGACUUCAGGGUGGAGGCCACAAACGAGCACCGAGGGAACAACAAGCAGGUCUCGUACGUCAAGUCCGUCAGCGUGGAGGUCUAUGGGAUGCGGAUCGGGCUACUCAAGGGGCGCAGAGUCACGGUGGACGGCCAGCGUGUUACGUUGCCGGUGUCCCUGGCCGAUGGACGGGUGUCCGUGCGACUGAGCGGCACCUUCGUCCUGGUCCAGACCGACUUCAGCCUCUGGGUGCGCUUCGACGGGAACCACCACGUGGAAGUCUCUGUCCCUGAGGCCUACUUUGGCCAGCUCUGCGGCCUCUGUGGGAAUUACAACGGACAACCUUCUGACGACAAUCUCAUGCCCGACGGCACCUCGGCCGGAAACGAUGUGAACAAGCUGGGCGAGAGCUGGCAGGUCCCGGGCGCCACGGACCCAGGCUGCACCAACUCAGGAGACCCAGGAGAGUGUGACAAGGACAUCGAGGACGAUGCAAAGAAACCUACAAGUUGCGGGAUCCUCACAGACCCUCAAGGUCCGUUUGCCCCAUGCCACAACAAGGUUCCCCCCGAGGGGGCGUUUCAGAACUGCGUGUACGAUCUCUGCGGCACCGGGGGCGACACCGGCUCUCUCUGCUUCGCCCUGCAGUCCUACGCCGAUAGGUGUGCCCAAGCCGGAAUUCCCAUCGCCUGGAGGAACAGCAGCUUCUGCCCCCUGAACUGCCCUCCUGGCAGCAACUACACAUCUUGUGGCCCAGCUUGCCCUGCCACCUGCACGGAGCCCCCCUCCCGGAACAGCUGCAACCUGCCCUGCGUGGAGGGCUGCGUCUGCAACGAGGGCUUCGUCCUCAGCGGAGACCAGUGUGUCCCCCUGGGCCAGUGUGGCUGCACAGACCCCGGCGGCCAAUACCAUCCGGUUGGUGAGAGCUGGAUGGCGAACAGCAACUGCACCCAGCGCUGUACCUGUGCGCCUCUCAACAACAUCACCUGCGAAGAGUGGAGCUGCACCCCCGUUCAGGAGUGUCAGCCUGUGGAGGGGCUCCUGGGUUGCCAAGACACAGGAGUGGCAGCCUGCCACGUGGCCGGCGACCCUCACUACUACACUUUCGAUGGCACCAUGGUCUCCUUCAUGGGCACCUGCACCUACACCUUGGUGACGCUGUGCCACAGCGACCCCCGCCUCCCGGCCUUCAACAUCACCGCCAAGAACGAGGAGCGGGGCCAGCCCGAAGCCUCCUACCUCCGCCUCGUGACCGUGGAAGUGGCCGGAGCCACGGUCACCCUGCAGAAAAGUCGGCGGGUGCUGAUUGAUGGCCAACGUGUCCGGACACCUGUGGAGGGCCGCAUUCCUGGCGUCUCCAUCACCACCAGCGGGAUCUACGUGGUCCUGGAGACCGAUUUCGGGCUGGUGGUCAAGUUUGAUGGAAACCAUCACCUAGAGAUCCAGCUGCCUGGGACUUACUUUGACAAGGUGUGUGGGAUGUGCGGCAGCUUCAACAACCAGAGCGGAGACGACCUCCUGAUGCCCAACGGACACUUGGCCACCAAUGCCAGUCAGUUUGGAAACAGCUGGAAGGCACCAGGAGACGCUGACCCCGGCUGCCAGCCAGACGACCGCGAGGACCUGGAACCCCCCUGCUCGGCCCAGGAGAUGGAGCGCCUUCGCGGCCAGUGCCGUGAGAUCCUGGGGCCCAAGUACCAGCCCUGCCACGGCACCAUCGACCCCCAGCCCUUCUUCCAGAACUGCCUGUACGACAUGUGCGAGUACCAGGGCAUGGCCUCCGUGCUCUGCGACAACAUCCAGUCCUACGUGGAGGCCUGCAAGAGCCAAGGCGUGGAUAACAUCUCGUGGAGGAACAGCACCUUCUGCCCCCUGCCCUGCCCGGCUCACAGCCACUACACCGAGUGCUCCUCUCCCUGUCCGGCCACCUGCUCCAACCUCUACGCCCCAGCCAGCUGCCAGCGCCCCACGACCUGCGUGGAGGGGUGUGCCUGCGACCGGGGCUACGUGCUGAGCGACGACAGCUGCGUCUUGAUGCGGGACUGCGGGUGCCUGAGCACCCAGAACGAGUACUACAACCCUGGAGAAACCUGGGUGACGGCCAAUUGCCUCGAACGCUGCACCUGCGUCGGGAACGGGAAGAUCACCUGCCAGUCCUUCCGGUGCCUGGAUGGGUCUGUGUGCACCCUCAGCACCGCGGGGCUUCACUACUGCCGCCCAACCAGAUUCCACCAGUGCGUGAUUUCCGGAGACCCCCACUACAACACUUUCGACAACUUCGCACACCACUUCCAGGGGCGCUCCACUUACACCUUGACCAGGACCCUGGGUGACCUUCCGGAGUCUCUCGAACCCCUCUCUGUGGCAGGCAGGAACCGCCGCCGCUUCCCUUUCCAGAGCUUCUCCUUCCUGCGUGAGGUCUACGUCGAGGUGUACGGCUACAGCAUCCAGUUGUUGCAGGGGAGGAAGAUGGCGGUCAACGGUGUGAUGGUCAGCACCCCGUACUCGCCCCGGGACGGGCUCCAGAUCACCCAGAGAGGCCGCACCAUCUGCGUGGAAACGGACUUUGGGCUCUCCGUUUACUUCGACGGCCAGGAUUUUGGUGAGAUCGUCCUCCCCAGCACCUAUCGGAACUACGUGGGAGGGCUCUGCGGGAAUUACGACGGGCAGCGGAACAACGAGUACAUGAAACCCGACAGAACGUGGACCCGGAGCCUCAACACCUUUGGGAACAGCUGGGAGGUCAAGGUCCCCAGCAGAGAAAGGGAGUCUGGCAGCCAUCCUCGCAUCAGGCGUGAGGAACCAUCAGAUGAAGUCGAGUCCGGCUUUGAAAUCGCCUGCACCCCGGAGCAGCUGAUAUCUGUCAACGGGACGGGCGUCUGUGGGGCCCUCUCUGACCCCCAGGGGCCGUUCUCUGCCUGCCACGCCGUCCUGUCGCCCAGCCCUUUCCAAGAGAACUGCGUGUACGACCUCUGCGCUCUCAUGGGCGACACUGAGCUCUUAUGCCAAGAUUACGAUGCGUAUGCCAAGCUCUGCCAGGAGGAGGGCGUCACGCUGGGAGCCUGGAGGCAGAAGACGGGCUGCGAGAUCUCGUGCCCACCUCACACCACCUACAAAUCAUGCAUGACUGCCUGCCCCGACAGCUGCGCCAACAUGGCCGCCCAGUCGGAGUGCGAUGCCCCUUGCGUGGAGGGCUGCGCCAGUGACCCCGGCUACGUCCUCAGCGGGCUGGACAGCGUCCCCUACAACCAGUGCGGCUGCACUGACAACAACCAGUAUUAUCAGAUCAACGACACUUUCUUAACGGAGGACUGCUCCAAAAGAUGCACCUGUCGCAAUACGGAGACUCUGGACUGUGAGCUUGUGGCCUGCGCCAAGGGGGAUGUCUGCGCCGUGGUAAACUUCACCCGCGGAUGCUACAGAGAGAGCGCCUGCCUCCGUAACAAUUGCCAGAAUGAGGGAGUGUGUCAGGACACCUUAGACACCUCCCUCGGCUACGUCUGCGUUUGCACGGAGGGAUACAACGGAACCUACUGCGAGACUGCCUACGAUGUACAGCCCCCAUCCCCCUCGACAGAUGACAACAAUUUGACAGUCAUCCUCAUCGGAGUCCUGGUUCCUCUCGCGUUGAUCCUGAUGGUGGUGACAGGCGUCUGCAUCUAUCGACAGCGGAGGAGCAGGCGGGAACACGGCAUGCUUGCCUUGUCAGAUCCAGGCCAAGGCAGGCAUCCUCCUUCCAUGACUGCCGACAAGACCACUCACUUCUGACUUCCGCUCCAGAUCUAUUGCUGAAAAUAUUCCUUCCCGCUCACGCACCCAGGGUGGGAACCAUCAAGAUCUGACCUUUCUAAAGCCGGGUUGCUGAAGGUGCAGAGGCACUGCAAAUAAAGUCUGCCCCCGCACCCCACCUGCUUUCGCUUCCAGGAGUCUGUCUGGUCAGGUGAAGGAAAAUCAGAGGAAGUGGAGAUUGGAGACACACGCCAACCCAUUCGCCACCCUGGCAUCUGCUGACACACCUUUCCCUCCCUCUGGGCUCUGUGAUGCUUCUAGACUUGGUGAUCCCAUGAGGAAGAGGCUUGGCAACCCAAAUUCUGCUGAAGCCGCCAUUCCCAGCCAGCUGCUCAUAGCUCCCCACCCUACCCUUGCUGUGGGGCCAUCACACCUCAUCCCACACAGGCCACCCCUUUCUGGGCAAGGGAAAUGGCGCUGAAUUGUGUCCGGAACACCAAAUAAAAAUUAAUAAAUGAAUGCAAAUAAAAGCCUU